AUGUGGAGGUGGUCUGAAGCAGUAGAACCAUGGUCUACUCAACAGAAGGCUUUAUUGAUGGCAGGAUGGCGAAAAUCCACUCUUAAUACAUACAAACCUGCUUGGGAGAGAUGGGUAAAAUGGUGUCAAUCCUCAGAUAUAAGCCCUAUUAAUCCAGUAGCCCGUGGACCCGCUAAAGCUGCUUCUCGUACUGUAAUCGCAGGCUGGGUAAAAUCUGUUUUGUCUAACGCGGGCGUUGAUGCAACACCAGGUAGCGUGAGAUCAGCUGUGGUGUCCAGGGGUUGGUUGGAUAGUGAACCAUUGGACAAAAUCCUAUCUAGAGCUAAAAAGUCUAGGAAGUCUGUAAAAACUUUCUCAAAGUUCUACAAAAAAGAAAUAAGACCAUUGCCUAAUGUAAUUUCAGAUAGCGUCUCCCUAAGAGCGUUGUUUAAACCUGUAAGA